UCCGGGCGGAGCCGCACUUCCCUUCAGACCAUCAGCGGACGGAGCUCGGAAGGAAACGCAGGUCGCGUUUGUAAAAAGAUGAUGGCAACAAGAGCCCUGCGCCUUAUUGGCAAACGUGCGAUUUCUACAUCCGUCUGUGUCCGUGGAGCACAUGGUGUUGCUAAGGUCGAGGAAUACACUCUCCCUGCCUACUUCGACCGGCGGGAGAACCCACUCCCUGAUGUCGCCUUCGUGCAGAGUCUGAGUGGAGACCAGAAAGCCCUGAAGGAGAAGGAGAAGGGCUCGUGGGCUGCACUCUCUAAUGAAGAGAAAAUUGCAUUGUACCGCAUCAGCUUCCACCAGAGCUUUGCUGAGAUGAACCAGGGAUCAGCACAGUGGAAGUCUGUGGUUGGAGGAAUUUUGUUUUUCAUUGGUGUUACUGGACUGGUUGUGCUUUGGCAGAGAAAGUUUGUGUAUGGAGAUGUUCCUUACACGUUUGGUGAGGAGUACAAGCAGAAGGAGCUCCAGCGGAUGCUUGACAUGAGAAUCAACCCAAUUGAGGGCUUCUCAGCCAAGUGGGACUACGAGAACAAAGAGUGGAAAAAGUAACUGCAGAUCCAGAGAACCAUAAAAAGUACUUCAUCAGGACAGACACAGCUCAAAGAUACAAAAAUACUCAUGUCUGUAUUUAUCAUUCGUCCACCUUACCUCAACCUGUGCAUUUUGGAAGACCACUUCCUCCUAAGGUUCUUGUGUAUAAUAGAAGAAUAAAAAUUGUUGAACCUAUUAAA